UGGGCCCAGGGAGCUAUUUUCCAUUCGGUGGGGGUGCUGGCUGGGGCUGCGCUGUCCCUGCGAGGCAGCGGGAACCGGGUGGGCCCGGGAGCAGAUGAUGCUGGGGCCCCGGGAGGAGUCGGGACGGGGCUGAGAUGCGUCGGCCCCGCCGCAGUUGAACGUUUUCCAGAUGGAUUUCCCUGAAAACUACCUAGUACUGCUGAGUUUUGUUGGACAAAUGUAUUGAAAACCUGAGAUAUGACAUCUGUGAUCACAACAUUUGGAGACAUCAAGUUACUAGGUAACAUAAUCCAUGGAUCAAGUGGGCAAGAUGUGGAACAACUUCAAAUACAGAUGCCAGAAUCUCUUCAAUCAUGAAGGUGGAAACCGAAAUGAAAACAUAGAUGUAGACUCCACUCAAUGUUCAUCUGUUAAAGACAGAAGUAUCCAUGUACCCGAUUUGGCUCCGCAGCAACCAAGCAGCCCUUUAAGAGAGAACAUUGCCUUACAACUGGGUUUAAGUCCUUCAAAGAAUUCAGUGAGGAGAAAUCAGAAUUGUGUCACUGACAUCCCUCAGAUUGUCGAAAUAAGCAUAGAGAAAGAUAAUGACUCGUGUGUUGCCACAGGAACGAGACUUGCACAAAGGGAUUCCUACUCUCGGCAUGCUCCUUGGGGUGGGAAGAAGAAACAUUCCUGUUCUACUAAAACCCAAAGCUCCUUGGAGAAUGAUAAAAGAUUUGGUCGAACACGAAGCGGCUUGCAAAGGCGGGAGCGAAGAUACGGUGUGAGCUCUGUUCAUGAUAUGGACAGCGUAUCAAACAGGACUGUAGGCAGCCGUACUCUGCGACAGCGGCUUCAGGAUACCGUUGGGUUAUGUUUUCCCAUGAGAACUUAUAGCAAACAGUCCAAACCUCUCUUUUCUAAUAAAAGAAAGAUUCAUCUCUCUGAAUUAAUGCUUGAGAAAUGUCCUUUCCCUGCUGGAUCUGAUCUUGCCCAAAAGUGGCAUCUGAUUAAGCAACAUACAGCUCCUGUGAGCCCUCAUUCAACUUUUUUUGAUACAUUUGAUCCUUCCUUGAUUUCUGCAGAAGAUGAAGAAGACCGACUUAGAGAGAGACGUAGGCUUAGUAUUGAAGAAGGGGUUGACCCCCCUCCUAAUGCCCAAAUACAUACUUUUGAAGCUACAGCACAGGUUAAUCCAUUAUAUAAACUGGGACCAAAGUUAGCCCCAGGUAUGACUGAGCUGACUGGGGACAAUAGUGCAACACUACAGGGAAACUGUGAUUCUGAAGAGGACACAACAACCCUCUGCUUGCAGUCACGAAGGCAAAAGCAACGUCAGGUGUCUGGAGAGAGCCAUGGCCAUAGCAGCAGACAAGGGGCUUGGAAAGUACAUACUCAGAUUGAUUACAUACACUGCCUUGUGCCAGACUUACUUCAAAUAACAGGUAACCCAUGUUAUUGGGGUGUGAUGGACCGUUAUGAGGCAGAGGCACUUCUGGAAGGCAAACCUGAAGGCACUUUUUUGCUCAGGGAUUCUGCACAAGAGGACUAUCUCUUCUCUGUGAGCUUCCGUCGUUACAACAGAUCCCUCCAUGCACGUAUUGAGCAAUGGAAUCACAAUUUUAGUUUUGAUGCUCAUGAUCCCUGUGUAUUUCACUCCUCCACUGUUACAGGACUUCUAGAACACUAUAAAGACCCUAGCUCUUGCAUGUUUUUUGAACCAUUACUUACUGUAUCUCUGAACAGGACUUUUCCUUUUAGUCUGCAGUAUAUCUGCCGGGCAGUAAUCUGCAGGUGCACUACGUAUGAUGGAAUUGAUGGCCUCCCUUUACCAUCAAUGUUGCAAGACUUUCUAAAGGAAUAUCACUAUAAACAAAAAGUCAGGGUGCGAUGGUUGGAACGGGAACCUAUUAAGACAAAGUAAAUGGAAUCUGGAGUCCCCAGUAGGCUUACUAGGUUAUGCAUAUUUUUUGUGUGCAUUAGUUUAACUUAGAAAGCACAUCAGCUUUUUUGCAAUACCGUAUUUAAGCUUGAUGUUUAGUAUCAUGUCAGAUGCUGUCUGCUGUUACAUAAAUCAAGUUGUGAUGCCUCUUGAAACAAUAAGCAGAGACAAAGCGACGUGUUUUUCAUUAAGAUGUACGUAAAAAUCAUUUGCUAACUUCUAAAUGUUUUCCUUUCCUUUUUUGUAGCUGUAGUAAUUGGGUGAAGCAACUAUGGGGCAUUCCAUCUAAUGCUAAAGAACAAAAGUUAAUGUUUUAUUGGUUGAACAUUUUAAUGAUUUGAGUAGUGUUUAAAUUUUUUCAACAAAAUCUUUCCUCCUUUGAAAAGUUUAAUUAUUCCUUUCAAACAAGUUUCCAAAUGUUAAAACUGCAUUUUGAAAUGUUUUAAUUUAUUUUAGCAGCAUGGGAAGCCUGUGUUCCAUUAAUAGUUUUUUGAUGCUAAAAAUCAAUCACAGUUAGUACACCAGGUUUCCUAAAGAUGAGGGCUUGAAUGUGUCUGAUCAGAAGUGGACUUCUAUUUAAAACGUUCAUGGGUUUAAGUGACAUUAUUAGCAAGAUUAAUACUAUCUUGGACAGACAGUUAAAUACCUGCUAUUUGCAAUUUUUAAAAAAUGAAAACUUGCUUAAAUUCGAUUGUUGCCAUUAGUUAACCAGUCUGUAAACUUUGCUAAAAACUAAAUAUAAGAAUUAGUGACCUGACAACUAUCUGUCACAGUUGCAAAGGAUGAUGAGGAGAAAUGUUAAUUUAAAACGCUAUUUAACAUUGUUUAUGCUGAAAGUGUUCAUAGCUGAAUUACAACUUAAAUACCAAGUAUCAGAGGGGUAGCCGUGUUAGUCUGGAUCUGUAAAAAGCAACAAAGAAUCCUGUGGCACCUUAUAGACCAGUGGUCCCCAACCUUUUGAGCCACGGAGGACCGUGGCGGCAGAUGAGCAUCCGCUGAAAUGCCACCGACAAGCGGCAAGGUCAAUAGGUGUUGUCGCCAAAUGGGCAGCAUUUUGGCGAUGAUGCCUCUGGAUGACGUUGCUUGUCGGCGGCAUUUCGGCGGAUGCUCGUCCGCCGGCUAGUACGCGGGCUCACUUAGACGCCCCAGCGGGUGCCAUGGCGCCUGCAGGCACCAAGUUGGGGACACCUGUUAUAGCCUAACAGACAUAUUGGAGCAUAAGCUUUCGUGGGUGAAUACCCACUUAGUCAGACGCAUGUGGUGGAAAUUUCCAGAGGCAGGUAUAAAUAUGCAGGCCAGAAUCAGUCUGGAGAUAAUGAGGUCCAACUUAAAUACUGUUUCUAAAAAAAAAAAGACUAAUCUGCACUAAAUAGCAGGUUUCAAAGGUACUAUUCUUUUUAUUCGUAAAUAACAUUUUUCCAUUUAGCACCUUUUUGUGAUAUUUAGAAUAUGUGCUGAUACCAUUUGAACAGACUACUUGGAAUUGAAAUUCUAAGUUUGAUUCCAUUAUUUAAUAUUGGAUGGAAGUUUCUGAUAUUAAAUAAGUGAAUCAAACUUAUUUAAUCAAAUAGUUUCCAACUGUUCUGUCCUUGACAUUUUUGCACUAAAAUUGUGUUGUAAUCUCCAAUCACCUUUUUAAAUGUGUUUUGUACCACUUAAGUGCUCCCUAGUUUCUUUAUCAGCUGCUACAGUAUGUUGUUACUUCUCUAUAGCAGUGACUGUGAGAGUUAGGAAACCUUUUGGCUGCAAAUACAAGAAAAUUUAUUCUUGUAUGCAACACUAACCCUUCUAUCAGUGUAUUUUUCUGCUUGCUGUGCCUUGUUAUGGCUUUUUUGUGCUAAUAAAGUACAGUAUGUCCAGUGUUAUACUUGUAUAUCUGAUCUGUUUUAUAUUUGCAUAGCUUCUCUUGUAGCAGUUAAAUGAAAUUUUUUAAUAGCCUUUACCUAGUACAUAUUGUAGUUGAUGCACAAGUACUGUGCAGUUAAAUAUUGGUUCAUCUUUGACUCUGUUAGGAUUCUGAAAAGUCACCUAACAAUGUUUCUAUAGUCACUGCAAAAUAAUAGACUGGCUGCAGUUCAAGUAUUUACAACAUAAAAGAUAAGUGAUAGAAAAACAUUUUUUUUUUCAAAAGUAUUAUUGAUCCCCUGUAGUAGUAGUUGCAGAUGCUGUCUCAGCCAAUUAUAGUUGAUUACUAAAUUAACUGAAUAUUUUGAUAUUCCUCGCUAAAUCAGGAAUAGCUAUUGAGUGCUGCAAAUUGACAGUACACCAGUAUCACCGAGACCACUUUUUGAUAAACGCACAUACAUACAAAAUGCCCCCAACAUAUUUUUACCAAAGAAUGCUGUCAAUGUCUUCAUUUCUUCAGCAAAGUUAGGGUGGAGGAUGUGAUUUCUGUGGCAUCAAAUAUUUAUCCCCAACUAAGAUUAAACCAAAGUAUAUGAGAACUUCAUCUGAACUUGUUUAAGUAUUGUAUGCAAUUACGUUGAUGGAGCAUAAAAAUUGUGUACAAGUAAGUUCAUCAUCGUUUUUGUGAAUUGACAAUGCACAUGCAAAUAGAUAAGUAAAUGAUUAAAACAGUUUUGUAAUGACUGAAAGAAUGCUACGUAAAAUCAUAUUGAAAGCAGUUAAUUUGAAAUACCCAGAAAGUACUUUAAAAUGUGUUUUAUGCUUGUGGAAAACUGAUCCCAUUAUGCAUUUUUUGUAGUAGCUAAUAUACUUUCAUGUGUUAAACUUCAACUGUUAAAAUGAAACUUCGUUUUGAACAUGUAAAUACUUCUCACUAAGGUUAUGUAAGCAUGUGUACAAAUGUGCUAAGUCACUUACGUUCUGAGUCGUGUGUAUCAAUGAAUAUGCAACUUUUGAUUUAAAAUCUGCUCUAAGGCUAGCUGCUUACAUUAAACAAAAAAUCACCAGCAUGAAAUUGCACCCAAGUGUACCUUCACUGUGUCUCUCUGUAUUCCCUCAUUUGGAUUUAGAUUCCAGAUGAGCUUACUUUAUAGUUCUUGUAAUAACAGAGUUCUAAUGUUAAGUCCCAUCCAAGUUUUGUUCCAAAAUAGGGACCUGGUCUUUGCUUUAUAUCUACUGCAGUCUCUAUAUGCUGUGAAUUUUAAAAACUAACAUUGGAAAACUUGUUCUUAUGUUCAUGUAAACAGUUGUUAGUGCUACUUGUAUGGAGACGAUUUAUUAGGCCCCUUCUCUCCCCACCCCCCAAUAAAUCAUAUUAGAGUGAGGGUUUUUUUUAAAGUACAGAAUGGUUUAUUUUAUUGGAAAUAAAUGGCAGAGUUGUUUCCAAACCUGAAGUUUGUAAAACAAUCUUCAAAAUUAAACUUGAUUUUAAGUGUUACAGUAGAUUUAACUAUUAACAAUGCUCUGAAAAGUAGUCAUAUGUUAAAUUUUUCAGUAACAUUGAGUUCCUUUAUUUUCAUUAUAAAGGGGCAAAACAUUUGAUGCAUUGAAUGCUACAAAAUUAGACUGACUUUGUAACUGACAAGUUAAAUUAAAACGUAAGGAUAAAAGUGCCUGCUUGAUCUUUAACUUUCUGGAUUUUGUUUUUAUAACUUUUUAAAAUUUCCCUCCUUAAAGAUGUGCACAACCUACUUCUGUAACAUUAAAGAACAUCUUUCUUUAGGUUAAUAACAUACCCUGGCAUAAUUUCAGUCCUAUUGGGCAGAUAUGUAUUUGGGCCUCGAUCCUAUAAAAAGAUCCUCACCUCUGAGACUUGUUAAAGGAUUCAUCCAUGGGGUUUGCUUCUUAGGAUCUUGGCCAUAGUUGAAAAAGAACAUGAUAAUGAAGCAUUAGUGAAAAUCUUUGAAGAUUUAAGAAGAAUUCAGAGUGUGUGUAAAAUAUAUGUCACACUUUUUCAAUUAUGUAACUUGGAAUACUUUUAAUGAGAUUAGCAUGUCUAACAUUUGAGAGAUGGAAAUUUUAUAGUGAACACCACAAUGGGUUACAUAUAUAGAAUAUAUAACGUUUCUUAUGAAAGAUUGUUCCCUCUAUGUUUAGCAACAAUGUCUAUUAGACAGAAAUAUAUUAGCUGGCCUUCAUGUUACACAAUGUCAACGGGUAUGUCUACACUGCAACUAGACACGCACAGCUGGCCUGUGCCAGCCAGUUCAGGCUGCAGGGCUAUUUCACUGCUGUGUAGACUUCCAGGCUCAGGUUGGAGCCAAGUCUUGCAGGGUUCUAGAGCACAGGCUCCAGCCCGAGACGGGAAGUCCACACAACAGUGAAACAAAGCUGCAGCCUAUGCCUGAGUCAGUUGGGAUCGGCUAGCUGUAUGUGUUUAGUGGCUGUGUAGACCUACCCAAAGCGAAUAAUUGCUUGCUGAAUAUCAUUGCAAUCAGAACUUUCAUGUCAAAAAUAGUAUUUAAACAAUUUUAAUUGUUCCAGUGUUUAGAUUACAUAUAACUUUCAGAGUGAGUUUCCAUGAAGAAUUCCUGAAAAUACUCUUCUUGUAUAAAAUAUGGGACAAAGUGCUUCUAUCAGAAGAAACUCCUUUUAGAACUUUAUUUUUUUUUUAAAAGAUGACUUGCUGAUCAUGUUUU